UUAUCUCUUGAGUCGCAGCCAGAGUUUGGAAGUAAAGAGGAGAAUGGUCUAGAUCUUUCCAGAAAAGUGGAGUAAACAUGUUUCCAUGCAGAGAGCUCAAUUAAAAGACUUUGAACUGUCUGGAACCACUUCCCUUGAUGAGGAUAGCACACAGUAGUGUGAGGGGAAGUUUUAAAGAAGAUUGGUCUUGUAUGAAAUCAGCUUUCCUGCAGGGUAAUUCCUUUGGUCACCAGCUGAAAAACCAUCCAUGGUGUUUCUUAAAUGCCUGUUGGAAAAGCUGUCAGCAGUUCUCCUGCCAGUGACAGCUAAGAGCAGUAAUAGUAUUAUAUAAAGCUGUGCCUCAGAAUAUUAGCACUAACAGUGCGGGAAUUUGAUUGGCAUCUCCAAUGGUUUCAGUAAUACUAGACCAAAAUUUAUUGUUGGGAGUCUAGUUGUCUUUUUAAAAAGCUCUCUUACGUUGAAUGGGCUGCAAAUUAUUGUACUAAUUUUCAUCAUUACUAUUCUGGUGAUAGUAUCUAUAUUUUAAUACGAGUAUGAUUGAUACACUUGCACAAAAUGUCUGUAUGUUAAUCAGUCUGUUCCUUGCAGCUCUCAAAUCUCUGAGGACAGAAAUAUUUUCCUGCAGUGGAAGACCACCUGUAUUGCAGCAAAUGAUUGUUCUUGUCUGCAGGUUGCUGUAAAAAAGUCAGGAGGGCAGGAUUGUCUGUGCUGUUUCAUGAUCAAGAAGUGCAGCUAUCGCUGAAAAAUCUUAUUGCUGACUUCUUUCUCGCGACUGCCGGGUAGAACACAGGAGGGAGGAGGGAGAGAUUAAUGGAAAUGUUAAAGAAAAAUUUUCUUAUAAGUCACUCAUCUUCCUUUGUGCUUAUUCGGGUCACACAGUGUUUAGGAGAGGACUGUGGCCUCACUGGUGAGCUGCACUGAGAGACUUGGCCAGCUAGGGCCUGCCUGGCAUCUCUGAAACAUGACUGCCUUCUCCUUGGCUUCUCCUGGGAAAAUGCGCCUUGAAAAGAUGGUGCAAAGCAGUCAUGUCACUGGCAUCUGGCCCUUUAUGUUAAAUAAGAUGGCACAAUCCUGAAUCUGGGAUUGUAGGUCUUAGAAUGCUUAAAAAAAAAAAAGAAAACAACAUACCAAAAAACCCCAAAACUGACAAAGUGGAAGGUUGAUCUUAAAAGACAUGAACUGCUACAGGUAUAUGGACUUGGUUUGGGAAAGGGAAGGUAUGAGUAGAACAGUCUUCUGUAGUUAGGCUAGGUAAGAAACCAGUUUUUUUAUAUAGCACAAAGAUUACCCAUCCCCAGGUUUCUCUGCAGAAAGUAGGCCUUGUGUUGAGCUCCUCAGCAUUCUCCUACUCCAGUACAGUAGCAGCAUAAGCUGCUGUGGCAGUAAUAAAUUUGGAGGCUUAGCAGAAGUGGAUUUUUCGGAGAGUGUCUUUGUGGAUUUUUGCAUUUGGCUUCCUGCACCACAGUAUCUUUCUGUGGCAGAUAAUAGGGAAACAUAGCCUUGCUGUUCUCCUGCAAGUGGAAGUGUCUCCACAUGUCACAGGCAGGGAGCUGCGAUUAGGUGAAACUAAAUUCUAGCCCAAGUCAAUGAACAAGGCUACAAAUAGAAACCAAAUCUCUCAAGUCCUGACCCUGUGCUUUCUUCACCAGCUCCUCAUUUGCUUUUAUAGGGCAAGAGCUAUUUGUGAUUUGCAGCUGGGAAUCCUUCCAGCCACCAGGAGAAUUCUCAGGACAUCAUUAUUGUUGCAGGAAUGUUUAAUGCCAGUUACUGAGGGAAGCACCUCGCUGAGGAUUUUAUUUGCCGAUUUGCAUGAAACUAGAGGGGUGCAAUCCUUGCAUUACCUUCUUGAUUCAUUUGCAGUUAAAACACUUCCAAGUACGUUCUUAUUUUACUUUUUGGGUUUCUUGAGCAAGUAUACUGAUUCAGGGUUGUUUGUAUUGGGAAGCAAACAGUUAACUCCCUAGAAAACGCAAAAAUAGCUGGAACAUAAAUUAGGGUGUAGUGUUCAUGGAGAAGGUUUGACUGUGAUAACAAAGCAAAGGCAGUAUCCUGGGAUGUGUCACCAUUAAGAACCAAGUUUCCAACAUGUCCUCCAUUUUAUUCACUACUUGAUAGUCAGAGCUAGCUUAACAAGUAUAAAUAAGUCCUGUUAACUGUUCUGUAAUUAUGAAUGGCCAGACACACUCAUAUUUUUAUUAUCCUUGCUAUAUGGAUGUUGCCUCAGCUGCUGCAACAGUCUGACUCUUCUUAAGACAGGCACUUCUGACUUAAGAUGUCUUAAGAGCCUGCCUUUAUGAUCUGUAGCUGCUGAAGUUAAAAAUGGUUUUACAUAUUAAAAAAGAUACAGGAAAGUUGCAAUCACAUGAUGACGACUAGCCACUAACAAGUAAUUACUUGCAACACAAAAUUAUUUCAGACAGCUAAUUAAUCAAAACACUUGUUUUAUAUCAGCUUCCUGAAUUUCAGUCCUUAAUGGUAAACCACAAUAGGUUGCUGUCACACAAGUCAAGUGCCACUUUGAGUAACGUGUGAAUUUUCUGGUUUUUUUAAGCAUUGUAAGCUCUGUGUGUGUUUGUAUGUAUGUGCAGCGGAUGUGUACAAGCCUUGCUGAGCCACUAAUAUUUAAAGUUUGUCUGGCAGCAGGAGAAGACUCCUGGUACCAGAGCGAGGAGCUCUGUAAAUAAUUAACCGUACCAUUAAAUUGUUAUUUGUUAACCUGUGCUGGAAGGAGAAGGUGGGAGGGGGGCAGGUGGGAAUCUGCUAAGCUCAUCAGAAACAGGUUGUUUUUUGCACCAGAAGAAUAAGGUGAGCGUGGAAAGAAAAAUCUGAAAGGGAAAAGAAAUGUAAAUGAGGCAGGGCAUGUAAUGCCUGUUUGCACAUGAAAUUCCCUUCCUGAUUAGAUUAAAAAGGCAAUUUUUUACAGAGCCUGCAAGUAAGCGGGGAGGGAGGAGGCGAGAAGAAGGAGCAUGAGCAUUUUAGCAGGGGUAGUAGUGUAAGGUCUGGCACCUCCUGCAGGAGCCAGGCGCAGCCUGCUCGCUUUCCCAGCCGCCACACAUGACAGGCACAGCCUGAAGUCAACUCAAAGUCACCCGAGGAGGCACAAACCUGCGCUGCGGCUGCCGCGCCGCGUCCUCCCCGCACCUGCUGCACGCAGGCGGGAGCAGCGCAGCCCUGCCGCCAGCCCUGCCGCCAGAGCAUCCCCCGCUGCAGGCACGGAUUCCUCAGCAGCUGCCGGGAUCCUGCCGGCAAGGAUGCGCCGCUGCCGCAUCUGACGCGCUUCUCCCGGGAGAGCUCCUGGUAGUUAGAAGGCAAUAAAACAAGCGAGAAGCCCGUGAGAGCAUCACACGAGGAGCUGGCCGUGUAAAAGGACUUUUGAGAGGAAUCUGGUGUGGACAGAGAGCCUUUCGGGCUAAGGGACUGUUAUUUUUGCUUCUCGGUUGCGGAAAUAAAGGGUGCCAGCGAGGAGUGUUGUAUCCCGAAGGAUUCUUCCGUGGCCUUUUUGGUAUUGUUCUUCUCUUUCCCCUUGCACAUCGCACAGUGCUGAGCUUUUGCUGUGGAAUUAGAGUCUCUGCCGCUCAGCCUCCUGUUCCAGCCGGGAGGAAGAGGUCUUUCUCCCCUCCAUCUGUGCAGGCACUUCUGUUUGAAUGGAAGAUACAUCUUUUUGCUGAAACUCUUUUGUCGUGACAUUGCAUAACAGGCAGUUGUCUCACUACAGGAAAUAAAAGAAACUAAAGGAAAUAGAUGGAAGGAAAUUGUUCCCCAAAGCAAAACUGAAGCAGGGAGGAGAACAUCAAAAUCGUUUCAAGCCCUACCCAAGAUCUAGAAGACCACAAAUCUCCUAGCUCCAGAAGAAAAUACACUAUUACAAAAACUCCUCAGCAGUCAGUAACGAUGAGUAGCCGUGGUGUUUUGUCUGGAUGCUGCUGGUAAAGGAGAGCUUUGGAGGGACGUGUGGGCUCUGGCCUGUAUGAUGCCUGAAGACAGGAAUGCUGGAGUCCGCAGCCCAGGUGCCUUAGCAGCAGCUCCCUUCAUUCCCAAAACUACUUACAGGAGAAUUAAGCGGUGCUUUAGUUUCCGCAAAGGUAUUUUUGGGCAGAAGCUGGAAGACACUGUCCGGUACGAGAAGCGCUAUGGGAACCGCCUGGCUCCCAUGCUGGUGGAGCAGUGUGUGGACUUCAUCCGACAGCGGGGGCUGAAAGAGGAAGGCCUUUUCCGACUGCCUGGGCAGGCUAAUCUCGUCAAGGAGCUACAGGAUGCCUUUGACUGUGGAGAAAAGCCUUCUUUUGACAGCAACACAGAUGUGCACACCGUGGCUUCACUGCUCAAGCUGUACCUAAGGGAGCUCCCAGAACCAGUUGUACCAUAUGCAAAAUACGAAGAUUUUCUUUCCUGUGCCAAAAUGCUCAGCAAGGAGGAAGAAACGGGCCUGAAGGAACUGGUGAAGCAAGUGAAGAGCCUGCCAGCUGUCAAUUACAAUCUGCUGAAAUACAUCUGUAGAUUCCUUGAUGAAGUCCAGUCAUAUUCAGGGGUAAACAAAAUGAGUGUGCAAAACCUGGCUACAGUUUUUGGCCCCAACAUCCUGCGCCCCAAAGUGGAAGAUCCUCUGACUAUCAUGGAGGGUACAGUAGUAGUCCAGCAGCUCAUGUCAGUGAUGAUUAGCAAACACGAAGAGCUGUUUCCCAAGGAUGUAGACCCUCAGAUGGGACCUGAGGUGUGCAACAACAACAACAAUGAAAUUCCAAAGAAAACCACUGCAGGGCAGCUACAGAACAAAGAGAACAACAAUACCAAGGAGACGGCAGUGAGGCGCUGCUCUUGGGACACACCCGAAUCUCCCCAAAGGGGAAGCAUGGACUGUGAGUCCCCAACUGCUCUGCCAGGCAGCAAGACAAACAGCCCCAGGAACAGCAUCCAGAAACCAGAUGUCACCAGGAGCCCGCCACUCAUGGUGAAAAAAAAUCCUGCUUUUAAUAAAGGUAGCGGCAUAGUCACCAACGGGUCCUUCAGCAGCUCUGUGGAGGGCCCGGAGAAGAGCCAGGCUGUACCAAACUGCUCGCUGCAAACCAGGAGAACGUCGUCCCUGAAGGGGCCGGUGACCAAGAUGGGGACACACAGCGUGCAGAACGGAGGGGUGCGCAUGGGCGUGUCCAGCACAGACGGGCACAGCAACAGCCUCGGCAGCCGGAGCCCGGGCUGGGCGCCCAAUGGCUACGUCACUCUGAGGGACAACAAGCAGAGGGAGCCAUCGGUGGGUGAGUCAGGCCAGCACAACAGGCUUUCCACGUACGACAAUGUCCACCAGCAGUUCUCAAUGGUGAACUCUGAUGACAAACAGAGUGUGGACAGUGCCACCUGGUCCACGUCCUCGUGUGAAAUAUCCCUCCCAGAGCACUCCAACUCCUGUCGCUCAUCCACCACCACCUGCCCCGAGCAGGACUUUUAUGCGGGUAACUUCGAAGACUCUGUGCUGGAUGGGCCACCCCACGAAGAGCUCUCUAACCCGGGUGACUAUGAGAACAAAAGUGACAGGAGGAGUGUGGGGGGCCACAGCAGCCGAGCCACCAGCAGCAGCGAUAACAGUGAAACGUUUGUGCCCAACAGUACCAACAACCACAGUGCUUUGCACAGCCUGGUGUCCAGCUUGAAGCAAGAAAUGGCCAAGCAAAAACUUGAAUAUGAGACAAGGAUAAAAAGCUUGGAGCAGAGAAAUCUCACCCUGGAGACUGAAAUGAUGGCCCUGCAUGAAGAGCUGGAUCAAGAGCGGAAGAAGUUCACGAUGGUAGAAAUCAAAAUGCGUAACGCAGAGCGGGCGAAGGAGGAUGCAGAGAAGAGGAAUGAUAUGCUGCAGAAAGAAAUGGAGCAGUUUUUCUCUACUUUUGGAGAAUUGACAGUGGAAUCUCGCAGACCAGAAAGAGGCAACACCAUCUGGAUCCAGUGAGCUGUGGAAGCAUAGGCUGUGGGACUUGAGGAAGGGCUUGGGGGUAUUAUACUGUAUCAGGUGGCUGGUCACCUGUCUGAGGCUAGUACUCAACAAAAUGUUACAAACCCUUGAAAGAGAGAAUCAUACAUACAUUAAGCACUCAUAUCCACAGUGUGUACUUACCAAGUUAUACUCUUUGAAUGCUUCAUGAGACUACUGUCAAGUGUUACAACUGGAUAUGUGUAUAUAAAUUUAAAAACCACUUUAGAGCAAGAGAUGUAUCUGAAGAAAUAUUUUAAUGCAAGUCUUGUAUUUAAACUGGUAAAUUGAGAUGUUGUUGCAAUCAAGCUUUAUAUAAAGGCUUUUCUCCCUUGCACUUAACAUAAUAAGCUAUUUUUGGCAUUGUGUUACCAUCAGCUUAUUUUGUAUAUCAAGUGGGUUUUUUUGUUUUUGUUUUGUUACCCCUUUUGCUGGGGAGUGAAGAUAAACAGAUAUGUUAAGGUAAA